AUGUCCAUUGUGCGUGUCUUCGCCCGUCAAAUCUACGACUCUCGUGGUAACCCCACAGUUGAGGUCGAUCUUACUACCGAUAAGGGCGUGUUUCGUGCCGCAGUUCCAUCCGGUGCUUCUACUGGAAUUCAUGAAGCUUUGGAAUUACGUGACAAAGACAAGGCCGUUCACCAUGGGAAGGGUGUCCUGAAGGCCGUUUCCAACAUUAAUGAGAAGAUUGGCCCUGCUCUUGUGGCCAAGGGUAUUCCCGUCACCGAACAGGCUGCCAUUGAUAGGUUUAUCAUCGAAUUGGAUGGAACCGAAAACAAAUGUAAGUCGAGUUUUUUUAACGACAGUGCCUGUUUUAGCCAACUUUGGAGCCAACGCAAUCCUUGGAGUCUCUCUAGCUGUCGCCAAGGCCGGUGCCGUCCACAAGGGUCUCCCUCUUUACAAGUACAUCGCUGAACUUUCUGGAAUCAAAAAAGUCAUCCUCCCAGUCCCGGCGUUCAAUGUUAUCAAUGGGGGCUCUCAUGCCGGAAACAAGCUAGCCAUGCAAGAGUUCAUGAUCCUCCCAACUGGUGCUUCUACCUUCAAGGAAGCCAUGAGAAUGGGAUCUGAGAUUUACCAUCAUUUGAAGUCUGAGAUCAAGAAGCGUUACGGUCUGGAUGCAACUGCUGUAGGGGAUGAGGGAGGUUUUGCUCCCAACAUUUUGGACAACAAGGAGGGUUUGGAUCUUCUUAAGACUGCUAUUGAUCUUGCUGGAUACUCUGGCAAGGUCACUAUUGGGAUGGAUGUGGCAGCCAGUGAGUUCUACAAAGAUGGAAAAUACGAUCUCGACUUCAAAAAUCCCAACUCUGAUCCAUCAAAGUGGAUUUCUGGUGACGAAUUAGGACAACUUUACCAGGAUUUUAUCAAGGAAUAUCCAGUUGUCUCCAUUGAAGAUGCCUUCGAACAAGACGAUUGGGCUAACUGGACCAAAUUCCAAGCUUCAACUUCCAUCCAAUUGGUCGGUGAUGAUCUCACUGUCACGAAUCCUAAGCGCAUCAAGGAUGCUGUUGAGAAGAAGGCUUGCAAUUGCCUGCUUUUGAAGGUUUGUAAAUUCUUAUAUGUGAUCAUUUUCUUAGGUUAACCAAAUUGGAUCUGUAACCGAAUCGAUCGAGGCGGCCCGCCUGUCCCGCGAGAAUGGAUGGGGAGUGAUGGUCUCUCACAGAUCCGGAGAAACCGAGGACACUUUUAUCGCCGAUCUGGUUGUUGGUUUGGCCACUGGGCAAAUUAAGACUGGUGCCCCAUGCCGUUCCGAGCGCUUGGCCAAGUAUAAUCAGCUUCUGAGAAUUGAAGAAGAAUUGGGCCCUGAGGCUGUCUAUGCCGGAGAGAAGUUCCGCAAUCCUCAGGCUUAG